AAUGAUUUGAAAUUGAAAUCUCAACUGCCUUGCCGCUGAAGGAAUUUUCAAGCAAAUCGUGGGUUUUAGUCAAAAAAUAGUCAACAAAAAUGGAGCCAAUGACUUUGGGAAGUCCUACGACACAACAUCAGCACAGUCCGGCAAAUCAAAGCGGAGUUCUUCCCGGAUUUUUGCUUGGCGAGCCAUCGCAUCAGCAACGCACAAACACAUUUUCGCCCACAAAAAAGACACUUUCCUUCGUGACGUCUCCCCAAAGCGGCAUUCAUCAUAAUAUGUACGCCUCGCCGCCGUCAUCGUCGCAUCAAGACUCGAUGAAUCCGCGUUCGCCCUUCAAUCAAUCGGGAAUGGGACAACAACAACAACUCCAGCAAACGAAAUUGUUCAAAUAUCAUCCGACGUCGCACGAUAACAGCAUAAAUGCUCCCCCAGCAGUCGAUUUGUUCGAUUCGCUGCGUGAUGAACGUUCGUCGCCGCCAAAAGCGCAAGGAAUGAAUGUCACAAGCCCGUUUCAUCAAAGUCAGCAACAUACCUUGCAACAAAGUCAAUUCGGCGAAUCGUACAUGGACAACAGCGGAUUUAACGUUUCGCGCGUCAUGUCGCCCAUUCAGAACGCUUCGAUGCACGAAAAUCGCUCGAAAGCGCCUUUCAAUAGUUUUUGGGUGACAGUUUUUGGAUUUCCUCCGUCGAGCGUUGCCACAAUUUUAUCGCAUUUCGCGCAAUGCGGAACAAUUGUCGACAAAAUGUUCUCGCCACAGAACGGAAAUUGGAUUCAUUUGCGUUUUUCGAGUCGGAUUGAGUGUGACAAAGCGCUGAAUUACAACGGGAAAAUUAUUGCAAACGGGUUGAUGAUUGGAGUCGUUCAGUGCACGGAUCAGUCGAUCAUUAAUGAGGACGUAUUGAGAGAAGAUCGCGAAAAUAUCACGAAAAUGCGACCUUUGUCACGUGUUACUUACGAUACGACGCAGAGCCCGACAAAAGUUGAUCCGCAGGUGUUUGCGCCAAAAAUGAAUAAUGGGAUUGUUAGUAAGGCACUCGAUAUGUUCUUUGGAUGGUAGAUUUUUUUUUGUAAUGAGAAAUUUUGUUAGAAUAAUUAAAUUGAGAAAAUAAAACGAUUAUUUUUUUUGUAUGAAAAUUUAAAAAAAAAUAUGAAUAAAAUUGUCAAAUUAAAAAAAAAAUAAAAAGUUUUUAAAAUUCA